AUGUCUCGACUCGUUAAGAAAUCACCAGCCCUUUGCACUGAUCUACCACUGGAAAAUAAGGAAUUCUUGUAUAAGCUUAAUCUUUUGGGACAGCUUUUUCGAUCAUGUUAUGGUCCUCUGGGUGGACUGAAAAGCAUCCACAAUAACAUCGGAGGGCAAGUUGUUACCACGUCAACAUCAUCAGUGAUACUUUCAGCCAUUUAUUCGUCGACACCAAUUCUAAAUCUGAUUUUAACCUCCAUUCGCGGUCACAUUUCUCGUUUUAGUGACUGCGGCUUGUUUGCAGCUAUUCUUUGUGUGAGUCUCUUUGAACACAUCAAGAAGAUUGGUCUAAAAGGAAACAAAGCUAUAAGGGUUAAUAAACACCUGCUGGGCAUGUGCAUCAAAUACCUUCACCAAGAAGAAUGUGAUUGUAAAGUAAAACUCGACUUUUGCACAACUCAGAACUUAAUCACGUUGUCCCGCAGUAUUCUCUGCAGCAAACCAGCCAUAAUGCUAAAAGAUUAUGAAGCACUUCACAUCAGUGAGUUGGCUGUUCAGGCGUUUCUGUUGACAGUGCCAUCCCACAGUGGUGUAGUUACUCUGGGAACGACAGUAAUUGUGCCUAUUGAAGGGCCUCCUGUAAAGGACUCUGCAGUAUUUCCAGGAUUAUUAGUUGAUAUUCCGUAUGGUUUGGAGAUGAAAAAUGUUCCAUCAAAUACCCUGCGUGUGCUAUUGUUCAGUACGUCCCUUGCUGGAGAUCUUUCUGAAAUAGGAGAUGGACAGAUUGAAGUCCUGUAUGGUGCUGACAUGGACUCUCAGAUCCUUGAUGUUCUCCUUGAGAUUGGCAAACAGGCGUUAAGAGAUGAUGUGAAGCUAUGCGUUUGUCAGAAAGUCAUCCAUCCAGUUCUUCAGCACUUCUUGAGGAAUCAUGGCAUCUUAGUUGUGGAGAGAGUAGGGAUCAACUAUAUGCAGCCUCUUAUUCAACUGACAGGUGCCCAGCCUGUGGCAACCUUACACACCAAAAUCCCUCUAAAUGCCUACGGAAAGGUGGGAAAUGUCACAUCUAGACGGAUUGGAUCUAAGAUGAUGCUGCAUUUAUAUCCUGCCGAGGAAUCCGCCAUUUGUACUGCAGUUCUCUGCCACAGGAAUGAGACUAUGUUAAAUGAAUUGAAGGUGGCAUGGCAAAAGACAGAACACAUAUUAAGACUUACCCUGAGGGAACCAUUUGCAUUACUUGGAGGUGGAUGCACUGAGACUCAUUUAGCUGCGUACAUUAGACACCGAUGUGACACUACUGUAAGCGCCUCAGCGCUAGGCUACUCGCAAACAGAGUACCUGCUUGGUGUGGAGGCUUUCUGUAAAUCUCUCGAGUCAGUGGCUGUGGCACUACAGCACGAUGGUGGGGAUUCUCUCAUUGAUAUGACCCGCGGUCACCACUGGACUCUUCCAAAAGAUGUGAUGCAAGACGACAUCGGGACUUGCGUUAGCAGGUGUGGCUGUGGACUGAUGGAGAAUAGCAACACUAACAAGUGGUGUUACUUGAACACUAACUAUCCGGUGUUCUCACCUGUGUCAUCUUGUGAAAAUGUUAUCGUGCACGCGAGUGUGCUUGACUCCUUCACUGCAAAACUCAAUGCUCUCCAAGUUGCGGUAGAAACUGUAAACGUUCUCCUCGAUAUACGAUAUUUAAUACAAGAUGUGAACUAA